GAAAUGUUUCUAUAAAGAGAUAAAACAGUAUACGCCAUAAUUUAAUAAAACAUUACGGAAAAUAAAUAAGUUAAAUAAUUAAUCAUAAAUAUAAAUAAAAGUUUAUAAAUUUUUCAAACUCUACUAUGAAACUAUUUCAUAGAAUUGACCGGAAGUUUUUUCAUCGGAGUACCACACAGCACCACGUCAGUUAUUUCAUGUGUAGUGAGUGAUUCGGUUGAUUAGUACAUUGAGUGGUUUAAAUGUAUUUUUCUCACCGCCUCUUUCAAUUGUUAUUUUUUACUUUUAUUUAAAAAUUAAUUUAUUUUAAAAUAAAUUCAAAAAAAUAAAUGACUAUAUAUACAUAUACAUAGUAUAGACAUUAGGUUACAUAUUAACAUGACUUUUUGCUCGAGAAGAUGAGGCUACAUCAUAGUAAUUGGAUUAUUUUCAUCAUCUUUUUAAUAAACAAUGUUUUCUUAUUUUGUAACAUUGCGGCUCAAGAAAUUUCUAAUCCGAUUCCUGAUAAUGGUGAUGAGGUAAUAAAUAAUUUAACUUCAAGUGACACUGGCCAAAGUAAACGAGAAACGUUGGAAUCUUUUUUAUUUUCAAAAAUUGAAUUGCCUGUUUGGGAAAAGACUGAUAAAAAACGACAGGAUUAUGUGGACAGUAAUGGUCUCGACAAAACUCAUUAUCAUUUUCCAAAUGAAGAGACUAGUAGGACAAACAAUUUAGAUUCACUCAAAGAAAGUUUAAAUCAACAACCAAAUCUAUCUCAAGGUAUUUCUGAACCUGAUCAAGAAGUGGUUUUAACGCUAAUUGACACAGCUUCGACGGAGCUUCAUAAUAUAGCUGAACCUCAUCUUUCAUCGAACCAGGAGCAAGCAUUAACAAACAAUCUCUCUCAAUCUAUAAUAUCUCCGGAUUUUGAAAGCAAUAUAAAAUCGUCCUUACCUGAAAGUUCAGAAAAAUUGAAAAUAUCAGAAGUUCCAACUAUUAAUUUAACUGUAGAUAUAAAUAUUACGGGUUUUGAUGAAUCUUUACCCACAGAACAAUCUGCAGAAUUACAAAAUGAUGAAGCUCUGUUGAUGGUCAGAGCGGAACAGAAGCCUAAAGAUUUCUUACAAACGCAUGAAAAUUCCCAAGUCGAUAAUGUGGAUAAAGAAUAUUCUAUGCCUGGAGAGUUUGAAGAAAGAUCAACGCAAACUACUGUUGUUCCAGGAAGCUCUGAUGAAACAGCUGGAGUUAUUUUAGAUAGUUUCGUUGGAUCAGGUAAUUCCGAAAAUCACGAAGAUAUUCCGUCAUUUAGUGAGUGGGCUCAAAAGAGACUAGAAGAAGCUGAAAAAAAAAAAACUCAUCCAAAUGUGUCAAUACAAAAUCUUGGGAUACCAAGUCGUAGUGCCGGAAGUAUGAAAGUAAGAUCUAAAAACUACGCGUCACCUGAUUGUGGUGCUAAAAUAACUUCUGUGAAUCCUGAAGCACGAAGCGCUCGAAGUGUUUUAGUAUCUACAAGAGACGAAUAUAUGCUUAAUCCUUGCACUUCAAAAGUUUGGUUUAUUGUAGAACUUUGUGAAGCAAUUCAAGCAAAAAAAAUUGAACUUGCAAACUUUGAACUUUUUAGUUCAUCACCAAAAGAUUUUUCCGUGUUUGUAAGCGAUAGAUUUCCAACUAGAGAUUGGAGUCCUGUAGGACAAUUUACUGCAAAAGAUGAAAGAGACAUUCAGUCAUUCUCUCUUCAACCUCAUCUCUUUGGAAAGUUUAUUAAAGUAGAACUUCAUUCUCAUUAUGGUAGUGAACAUUUUUGUCCAAUUUCGUUGUUUCGGGCUUAUGGAACUAGUGAAUUUGAAGUAUUAGAAACAGAAACCGAAGUACAAGAAUCCUUGAAGGAUAAUAAUGAUGAUGAUGAAGAUGUUGAUGAUGAUGAUGAUGAAGAAGAUGAUGAUGAUAGUGAAGAUGAUGAUAAUAUUAAUAAUAGUGAUGAUAGUGAAAGUGAUAGUUUUCUUAGUGAAAAUAAUCAUGAUGGUAAUGAAUCCAAAAAUCUUUUUGGAAGUGCUAGAGAUGCAGUUAUUAGUAUUGUAAAAAAAGCUGCUGGAGUUUUAGUAAAAACAGAAGAUUUAAGUGUAAAUAAUAUUACUAAAAUUAAAACAAACAUUGUAAAUAAUAUCAACAACGUAUUUUUAAAUUGCAUGACACCAAGAUACACAAUUUUGUGUAACAAUUGUACUGAUAAUUAUUUUACAAAAGUUUAUGAACUUGUUAGUUGUCAAUUGCAAUACCUUAAUUCUAUUCUUAAAAUAACUUUUAUUAAUCGAACUAUAGCGGAAAGUGAAUUAUGUGGAUUUAAUGGAGUCAAUUUAAAUUUAAAUAUAAAUAAUUCAAUUGUAAAAAAGAAAACUAAAAAUUUUAAUAUGGUCAAAAAUCGUUCUGUUUCUUUUUUAAUGUCUAUUUUUAAACCUGAAUAUGUUGUUGCUCUUUGUAAUAUUUUUAUGAUGAAAGAACAAAAACUUUCUUUGAACUCUAGUUUUGUUCUCUCAAGUAACUUAUCGAUGAAUGACAUAACACAGGAAAUUAUUUCUUUAUCAUCUAAAUCUAAUGCAAAAGCGCAUAAAAUGUCAAUGACAUGUUCAUCUGAUUCUGUAAACUGUAAGUCAUCAGUAAGUUAUUUCAAAGAGUCUCAAUGCCAUUCACAAGAAACUUUUAUAAAAAACCAUAUACUAAAGACAGAACUUAAAAAUUCAAAAAUACUCAAUCCAUCGGAGUCGACAGAUAUUAGUGAUAAGGGAACUUUACAUAUUACACCUACUAAAACUUUAAUUAAAGAAAAUAUAGAAAAAAAAUCAGCUGCUUCAAUCCUAGAACCAAGUAAGAGUCCUGUAGAAGAAACCGUACAAGCAGAAGUUAUAAUUCCUACUCCAUUAACAAAUUCUGAGGUCGGAACAUUGAAAGUUUCUGAAGAACUCACGUUAACGGAUACACCAACAGAGUUAUCAACACCCACAUUAAUUUCUCAAAGUAUAAAAAAUGAAGAGAGUACUUCCAAGUUACAUACAUUAAAUAAUGAUAGAGAAACCACGAAACUUGAUUCUAAAGUUGUAACUAGAGUGUUAGAAGAAAAAGAUGAAAAAUCAAAAGAAAAAGAUCAAGAUGAUAUUAAAUUAACUCCUCAAGAUCAAUUAAGUCUAGACACUCUCCUUUUAGAUUUAAAAGCUUUAGAAAACGAUGCAUCAAUUCAGGGAUCAAUUGCAUCAACUGUCAACCAACCAGCGACUAGCUCAACUCACCAACAAAAGGAAUCUGUUUUCUUAAGAUUAUCAAAUAGGAUUAAGACUUUAGAACGAAAUAUGUCAUUAUCAGGCCAGUAUUUAGAAGAAUUGAGUCGUCGUUAUAAGAAACAAGUCGAAGAAAUGCAACGUUCGCUCGAACGGGCUACUGCUACUAUAGGCGAAGAAUUAAAAAAAAGUGAAGAAAGGGAAUCGAAGCGUUUAGAAGAAAUUACAGUACUUCGAGAAGAAAUUUCGAGUUUGACUGAGUCAGUAGAAACACUUUUAUAUGAUAAAAAUAGUUGGAAAAAUAAAUUAACAACAUUCGGUCAACAUAUAGUUUUAAUUUUUGUUGAAAUCACGAUUCUUAUAAUAAUUAUUUCAUUUUGCCGAAAACCAAACGAUUUAGAAAAUAUUACGGCAAAAAAAAAUAUAUCAGAUAUAGGAAUUACACGAAGAAAAAGUGCUGAUUUAAUAACAACAGGUUUCAUUAAUAAAAGAUAUAGAAGACCUAGUGAAAUAGUUUCACGAAUUAAAGGAACCUAUAAAGAAUUGAUGAUUGAUGAAAGGUUAGAUUCAAGAAAAGAGAGGAAAAAAAAACGAAAAAGAGAUUCUUUGAUAAGAUUAUCAUCAAACAUCGAAGUAAAUAAAGGCAUUAUACCAAAAACAAAUUUCUUAAAACAAUCUUCAUCGAUAGAUUGUUCUACUUUUGAAAAUUUAGAUAUAAAUCAAAUUAAAAAAACUGAUUUAACAUCAGAUGUUACUAGCUCUCCAUUAAAAAAUCAGUCAUUGACUCUUAGCUAUGAUAAUGCUGUAAAUAAUAUAUCAAAAAAUCGGAUAGCCAUAGAUGAAAUUGAUACCGCAUCAUUAGAUAUAAUUGUAAAUAAAUCUAUCAGUAAUCAAGAUUCACCAGGUAUUUAUGAUGAUUUUCAUAAUGAAAUUUCACAAAGCUCUCCAAGGGGUUUAAAAAUUUUAAAAAAUGCUAAACUUCACUCUCCAUCUUUUAUGAAAACUGCAUUUCGUUCUCGAAGUAAAAGGGGAAAAUCCGAACAUAAUAAUCCGCAACCUACUCAAUUAAUUUCUGAUAAUUGGGAAAGCUAUUCUCGUACUUCUGGAAGUUCAAGAUCAGGCCAAGAUAGUCCAUCAAGUUUAAACGCAUUUUCAGAUUUAACUUCUGUAAAUAUAAAUGGAAAUUCUACUAGAAAUAAUGGACAUAAUAUUGCCAGUGAUUAUUCUGCUAACGGUCACAUAACAUCUACGUCUGAGAUAAAAAUAAAAAAGGAAGGAAGUCUAAGAAAAAUAGUUAAGAAAUUAUUUUGAUUGAUUAAUCUUCAUACGUCAAAAUAAAUUUAAAAAUAAAAUCAUCUGAAUUCUAAGUAUGCCUAAAAAAUUUUGGUAAUAAAUUUACAAAUUUUUUAUGUGUAUUAAUGAUAACAUUGAAUCAAGCAGCAACUUUAGUAAAUACUAUCAGUAUCUUCAUGUAGAAAGAUUACGGAACCUGUAACUGGGUAAGUUUCAAAAAAUAUGCUUCCGCAUUUCUACUAAUAAAAUUAAAAUAUUCACAGUUACAAAAUAAAAAUCGAAGCUGUACACAAUUUUAAUUUCUAGUAGAUAUUUUAUUACGAAAAAAAAGUAAAUAAAAGAUAUUAAAAUCGAAAAAAAAAAAAUUUUCUACAUCAGCUAGAUCAUUCUAUUCAUUUUUAAAUAAAAAAAAUUGAAAUAUUUCAUUUAUA